AUGUCGACUGCAUCUAAUCAGUCCCGAGGCUUUAACCGAAGGAUUAACAGCCUCCAAAAUGAGGUCCGCCAUUCGCGCAAUCUCUCUGCCUCGCGCAGACGCCCCGUGAACGCCGCUGCAGCUUACAGUUAUGCCCUCCGGGUAGCCUACCUCUCCUAUCUCCUUCAACCUCGUAUACGCCGUGCUCAGACUAUGCCAGCCCCUCAGCAGCGGCCGAAGCGCGCGUCAACGUUUCAUGACCUCAUGAGCGAUUUUUCUCUCGUGCGAGACUCCAAGAGCACGAGGUUCCCGCAUGGGUUUAUAUCUGAACUUGAGAAAAGGUUAACGGGGAUUCUGACGAGGAAAGAAAAGAGGAAGGAAUACCAGGACCCGCUGGUCGUGAGAACGUUUGCUGCGUUUCUCAACGCCUUGAAGGAUCAGUCGUUCAAGAAGCGCAUGGAGAAGGAUCGACGUGCUGAAGAUCUCGUACUUAUUUUCUAUUCGAAUGCAACCAAGGAACUUAGCAAAGGCAAGGACCCGGAUGAUGAUCAUUGGAAAUUUAUGGUGGAUAGACAUGUAGCCCUGUUCGUCCGGCUGUUUGCUCUUAUCUUGAAGAACAAUGACUGGGCCAGGGAUCGUCCUGAGCUGUCAAAUCGAUUGUCUGCCUUGGAGAACAAGCUUCUUUCCCAGGACCUGGAUCUCGUGGAAGCCAACGGCCCAUCAACCGUCGAAGUGGUCGUUCCGUUGAGCUACGAUGUGAAAGACAUGUCUCAUGUGCAACAUGUGGCGAGGAUUUUCGGCAUGAGUACAGCCCAGGCUCAGUCUGACAUCGAUAAGCACCGGGGGGUGUGGACUGCACAGGCAGCUCUUAAAGAUCUGAAAGCUUAUCAGGCUCACCUGAGCCUCAAUACUCGGAAAACGCUGUCAAAGGAAGACUUCGAGAAUGAGGAAGCAUAUGAAACUUGGAAGAAGAGCGAGGGUCCGGAUUUAUCCCAAAUGAUGCUUGCUAUUAUGCAGUCAAAUCCCGAAAUUACCAAAAGCACCCCUGGAGCCCUUCCAAGGUUUAACACAAACGCUGGUGACAGCAUUGCCGACGCAGCUCAUGGGGAUCUAUCAAGAACGAACGCGGACCGGCCCGUAUCACAUAUUUUCGACCAACCCAUUGAUCUUAGUUCGUUGUCGCUGAGUGAGGAUGUGAAUAAUAAUGAAUCGGACGAAUCAGACACGUACCUUUACAUACCACCGGAUCCGCGCUCCAUGUACAGAUAUAUCUUGGCCCAAACGUUAACUCAUGACCUCAAAGAUCGUGACAUUGAAGCUGCACAGACUACAUCUGAUGUCCAGUCAAUGAAGCUGCUUUCUAAACAAUCAUCCGAGCUCUUAAAUGAGAUUUGCCUGCGCUGGCGGAUUCCAAAUUUCUCCAGGGUUGCCCUGUUCUUGGAUAUUGCAAGAGCAAAGUUUGUUGAUAAUGAGAUCGACCUGGACACUCUUGAUUCGGCGUUUACGUUCGUUAAGGAGCCUCCAUCGGAUGGCAAAAAGCGCAGCAGUUUCAUUGCUCCAGUAGUCUUUGACAGACAAAGGUGGGCGAUCCAUGAUCUUCUUUUAAUGCAGCAGAUACUUUCCUCUCUGCAUGAAGCUCUGCUGCGGGAACUAUACGUUGUUAUGAUGGACUGCUACGAAGGCAAGCCCCGUCCCAUUGGUCCAGUAAUGUAUGUUCUAGAGAAUCAUAUCCAGCAUGAUCCCAACUACACAGAGGACUUAGAAGAUAUCGAACGCUUCCGCUCGUAUGUUCAGGAUGGGCUCGCACAAAAGGCCACAGAAAAGUAUCAAGAUCUUCUAGGACAAGAGGUCCCGGUGGAACAAGAGGCCUGGGAACUAAACCACGUUAUUCAGCUUUGCGAUGCCAUCUCGAAACUUGCACAAAGAAUCCGCAAGCGGUAUAGACACAACCCAGAAAUUAUGGGGGUAAAUCCAUACACGACGUUGCUCUCAAAUGUUCUACCAAUAUUCGCUGAAGACGCCCACGAAAUGGUCGUGAGGAUAAUUGAACAGGAAAAAGCCAGGGGCGAGGAAAUUGCGAUGGAGGAUGGAUUCGAUCUCUACAAGCAACUGACAUCUAUACGUGCUCUUUUCACAGAGGCGCUUCCCGAGAGCCCGUUCCCAUUCCGCGUGGAAGACCUUCUGGAAGAAUUCGUGUGGCGAUGGAUUCGUUUGACCGACCAGAAGAUCAUGGAAUGGGUCGAACAAGCCACUAGACAAGAUUCAUUUGCAGUUCGAGCUGGGGACUCGAUGGAACUAGUCCCUGAGGACCAUCGACAUAGUGUCUCUGUGAUAGACAUUUUCCGCUCAUUCAAUCAGGUUGUGGAGCAGAUGAUACAACUUGAGUGGGAUGAUGACCUUCAGUACGCCAAGUUCAUGACGGCUUUGUCUAGAUCUAUUGGGAAAGGUCUCUCCAGAUACUGCGAAUCACUAGAGCAAAUGUUUGCUAAAGAAAUGGAUCGGCUUUCUCCGGAUCAAGAAGCCGUCAUGAACCAAACAACCCAAGAGAAAUGGAUGCAAAUCGCCAAAGAAGCAUGGACAAGUAAAGAGAAGAUUGAACCCUUCCAAUUCUUUCCCGAGUCGUUGGUCAAGCUGAACAAUGUUGAAUAUGCUCUCUCCAAAUUUGACAAGCUUGAGCGUGAGAUCAAUGUCGACGGAUGUGCGGAUGUUAUAGCAAAGCAUGCGCCCCCACCGACCCAACAAAAGAUGCGCAGGUCAACGACAUAUGUUUUCACAAUAAAGGUCGUGGAAGCCGAAGAUCUGAAGGCUUGCGAUAUGAACGGGGGUAGUGACCCCUACGUUGUGUUGGCGGAUGAAUAUCAGAAGCGUAUUGCAAAGACUCGCAUCAUUUACAACAAUCUCAAUCCAAGGUGGGAUGACACUGUGGAUAUCACAACGCAAGGGCCAUUAAACAUCAUUGCGACCAUUUGGGACUGGGACGCAGUAGGCGAUCAUGAUUAUGUCGGUCGAACUUCCAUUAAGCUGGAUCCCGUGCAUUUUAGUGAUUUCCUGCCAAGGGAAUAUUGGCUUGAUUUGGACACGCAAGGUCGACUCCUGUUACGGGUUAGCAUGGAGGGCGAGCGUGAUGAUAUCCAAUUUUACUUUGGCAAGUCAUUCCGCACGCUGAAGCGCACGGAGAGAGAUAUGACUCGCAAGAUCACUGAAAAGUUGUCUGCAUACAUCAGUCAUUGCCUGUCGCGCCGAACUCUGAAAUCUUUACUAUCUCGGGGGCUAAGCAUUUCCUCCGUUUCCAAUUUUCUGAACCGAAAUCGCGCUCAGUCAACGGCUGCAGCGCCAUCAAAUGCGGACGUUGAAAAUGCGCUGACUCCGCUUUUUGACUAUUUCAACGAUAAUUUCGCACUUAUGAACAAGACCCUUACCUCAGAAGCUAUGAAAAUGGUCAUGGCUCGCUUAUGGAAGGAGGUACUCAACACCAUUGAGAGUUUACUGGUGCCUCCUCUGUCAGAUAAACCGUCGCAUCAGAAGCCCCUUACGAUGCAGGAGGUCGAUAUUGUUUCACGCUGGCUCGUUCUUCUUUUGAAUUUCUUCCACGCGGUUGACGACGAAACUGGCGAAGCUCAUGGCGUUUCGAUUGAUAUAUUAAAGUCACCUAAAUACCACGAGAUUCAGACCCUAAAUUUCUUCUAUUUCGAACCCACCGACACACUCAUUCGCACGUCCGAACGGAUGGCAUCGGCAACAAUUUCCCGACAACAAGCAAACAAAAACCGAGCAUCUGCGCCCCAUAUCGGGGCUGCUGGUUCGGGCAGUAUUCUAGGAAUUCCCAAUGCCCGGCGAGCUAAGAGUAUCAUGCUCUCUCGGAACCUGGGCACAAUGAAGAAGAUGAAGGAAGAGAAGUGGCGCGAAGCUCAAGCAGAGCCAAACGACGAUAUGAUAUUGCGUAUCCUUCGCAUGAGGCCCGAGGCAGCGGGAUAUUUGCGCGACCGAAGCCGCCAAAAGGAAAGACUCGCGGCAGCGGCGGCAGCCGACGCCAUCGUUAAACAAAGCUUGAUGACCGGGGGAGGGAGGAUGACCGGAACUCUGGGACGCCGAUAA